AUGCAAGAUCAGGCAAAUACAUCGUACAAUGUGGAUGCUAUUCCGACAGAACGCACACCCACCCGACGGCCAGAUAUGAAGCGGAAGUUAGUCGUAGUUGGGGAUGGUGGAUGCGGAAAGACAUGCUUGCUUAUCGUGUACGCCGAGAACCGCUUUCCUGAGGCCUACGUGCCGACAGUAUUCGAGAACUAUGUGACAAUCGUUCCGUUCGAGGGAAAGUCUGUAGAACUUGCUCUAUGGGAUACCGCCGGUCAAGAGGAGUAUGAUAGGCUACGACCGCUGAGUUACCCGGAAAGCGACGUAAUCUUGAUCGUAUUUUCAAUUGACUUCCCAGUUAGUCUGGCGAACGUUCAGGACAAGUGGUAUCCUGAAGUUGCCCACUUUUGCGAGAACACCCCAUUACUUCUAGUUGCAACCAAGACCGAUCUUAGGGCAGACGAACAGACCCGACGCAUGCUCAGCGCACAAGGUCAAACCCCUGUUACGCCUGAACAAGGCGGAGCAGUGGCAAGGGAGAUUGGGGCUAGGUACAUGGAAUGUUCAGCAAAGUCAGGUCAAGGUGUCCAAGAUGUGUUUAAUGCGGCUCUCAAAGAAAGUAUGAAGGGUCGGUGGGGGAAGAAACUGCGUAACAAGAAUCGUUGUGUAGUACUUUAG